AUGUCCGGUGGUAAAGGUGGUAAAGCAGGUUCCGCAGCUAAGGCUUCUCAAUCAAGAUCUGCUAAGGCAGGUUUGACCUUCCCAGUUGGUAGAGUUCACAGACUUUUGAGAAAGGGUAACUAUGCUCAAAGAGUUGGUUCUGGUGCUCCAGUUUAUAUGACAGCUGUUUUGGAAUAUUUAGCUGCAGAAAUUUUAGAAUUGGCUGGUAACGCCGCUAGAGAUAACAAAAAGACAAGAAUUAUCCCAAGACAUUUGCAAUUAGCCAUCAGAAAUGAUGAUGAGUUGAACAAAUUGUUAGGUAAUGUUACUAUCGCUCAAGGUGGUGUCUUACCAAACAUUCACCAAAACUUGCUACCAAAGAAGAGUGCCAAACCUGGCAAGGCUUCUCAAGAAUUGUAA